AUGUCCACUUACAAAGACGCCUCUGAAGCUGUCAUGUACGACAAGAAUGGUUUGCCAAUCUACGGAAUGGAUCUCGAAUUGGCCAAGAAACAAGCAGGCCGACACGACCCAGAAAAGGAAGCAGAAGUCCGUGAAUGGAUCGAAGCUGUUACUGGUGAAAAAUUCGCAUCCAAGGACUUCCAAGAAUCUUUGAAAGAUGGUCACUUGUUGUGCAAACUCAUUAACAAGAUCAAACCAGGUGCCAUUCCAAAAAUUAACUCAUCCAAACUUCCAUUCAUGCAAAUGGAGAAUAUUGGAUACUUUUUAAAGGCUGCUGCUGAUUUGGGUUUGCAAAAACAUGACUCAUUCAUGACUGUGGACUUGUACGAAGGAAAGAAUUUGCCUCAAGUCACUCAAGCAUUGUACAUUUUCGCAUCGGUGGUUCAAAAGUUGCCAGGAUACAAAUUGCCAAGAUGUGGCUUGAAGUUGGCUGAGAAGCGUGAAAUUGAAUUCUCUGAAGAACAAUUGAGAAAGGCCAAUGCUGAAGUUGGACAACAAUAUAUGGCAUCCAUUAAGCAUGAUACUGGUCGUUCCAUUUCUCGUGAAGUAGUCAAGACUCGUGACGUUGGUGACCAAUCUGCUACCAAGCUUUUGAGUGAAGCUUCGAUCAAGCACGAUACUGGACGUUCCAUUUCUCGUGAAGUUGUUAAAGUUGGUGACACUGGUGACAAGCGCUUCACUUCUCAACAAAAUGAAAAGUCCAUCAGUCAUGGUCACGACAGAUCAAUUCAUAAUGAAGUUGUUAAAAUCAAACCAUCCACAUCUUCCUCAUCAAAGAGUGAUAAUUUGGACCUUGAAGAAUUGGAGAAAUUAGCUUCAUUGAGAGAUAAGGGAAUUUUGACUGAAGAGGAAUUCCAAGCCAAGAAGAGACAAAUUCUUGGUUUGUAA